CGUUGCAGGGGGAGAGAAGCCAUGGCGUCCGGAGCGAACUUCUUCCGCGGUACAACUUUGGACCAGGACAGUCGCUUCUUUAACAAGCACAAGAAGUUGCUGGCGAGGAUGGAGUUUCCGGCGUGCUUUAAGCACAAGGUAGACAUCUCAAAAGUGAACAAGGAAGUAAUGCACCAAUGGAUCACAGAAAAGAUCACCCAAGUGCUGGGGUUCGAGGAUGAAAUUGUCGUGUCCACGGCGAUCAAUCUCUUGGAACCCACGCAUCAUUUAGAUCCGUUGGAUCCAAAAGAAAUGCAGGUCGCCCUCACGGGAUUCCUCGAAGGUGAUGCGUCAAGCUUCAUGGAAGAGCUUUGGAACUUGCUGGUCAGUGCUCAAGAGAACCCCACGGGCAUUCCGCAAGUGUUUCUCGACAAGAAGAAGAAAGAGAUGGAAGCGAAGCGAGAAAAAGACGCCAAGGACCGCGAACGCCUCGCCAAGCGCGUUGAAGCAUUUCAGCCAGCUCCGUCCAAUGCGAAAACCAGCAGAUUCAGCGAUCGUCGCCGCGAAGGGACGGAGCGACGUCAUCAUGGACGCAGUAGCAGCCCACUGUCGCGCUAUCGCCGUUCGAAUCCUUCGCCCCAACGCCGCCAACGCUCCCCAUCUCCCAAGCGAGGUCGCACGAAAUCCCGUCGCGAUGCUUCUUCAUCUCCGGAUAAGAAAACCUCAUCGGUGAAGUCCAAUUCACCCAAACGUCGUAACGAUCGCACUCCAAGUACCCCUCGUGCCAAAUCAAAAAAGGCACAAGAAGCGUCAAAGUCUCCAAACAAAGUCACGCCCCCGCAGAAGAGCCGCCAUCGGCCGUCAAGUCCCCCGCAGACUCCAGUCAGCCGUCGGCCAACGCGGCGCUCCAACACGCCUCCAUCCCGACGCCGAUCUACUUCCCCUCUCGACUACCAAGGCAUCCGACACCGAUCGCCGUCACGAGAGCGUGGCGGCCGGCACCGAUCGCCGUCGCGAGAGCGUGGAAGCCGAUACCGGUCUUCGUCCCGAGAGCGUGGUAGCCGACGUCGCUCACCCUCGCGAGACCGAAAAUCGCCCCCUCGCCGACGUCGCCGUAGUCGCACGCCUCCGCGCCGGUCGAGACCAUCGAGAUCUCCGUCCAAAGAUGAGUUUCAGCGCGAGAAACGACCCCGUCGGCAGGACAAAGACGAUGACCAAGGCGAAGGCCGCCGGGGACACUAGCUAGUGUCCACAGCCUGACAACGCGGACGGCCGUGCGUGCCGUCGAUUGCCCGGCACUGCCGGGUCGACGUUGGUACAUCCUAAUCGAUUGCCGACAUGAAUUGAACAUCGAGGACGUUCUGCAUGCUGAUGGCGGUACGAGGGUGCCUGUGCGUGGAAGGCAAGAAGGAAUCGAAAAGGAUGUGCGCCGAGCCGCCGUUCUCAAAGCGGCCCGAACCACAAUCGUGUCCCACGUGCGAUGGAUCGAAUGAAGGAGUACGUGCGAUUUCCAUGAGGAUGGCUCCAGUGCUAUGGUCGAGUUACACGUCCGACUUCGAUGGAUCAAAUGGCGCCUGGGUGGGCUGCGGGGACAUGUACGCCCCAGAGGGGGGCUGCUGCGGGGUCGCACCAGGCGGAGGCAGUUGGUAGGCUCCUGGUGGUGGGGCCGCCACGACGGGGACAAGCGUCGGCGCCCCC